AUGCGACAGACGGCUCUGUUGGCUGCCGGGUGUCAGCCGUGGCACAUCAACGUGGUGGCGUUCAGCGGACAGCGCUUCGCCUAUGCCGCCACCCUGGCUGUUUACAUCUACGAGAUGGACAGCUUUAGCGGCGAGUUCCGCCUCCACUCCAUCAUGGCCGAGCACAAGCGCACCAUCACGGGUCUGGACUGGCACCCGACGCGCGAGGACUGGCUGGCCAGCGGGAGCCUGGACCCCAAGCUCUGCGUCUGGGACGUGUCCAAACACCUCCUGGUGGCCGUCCUGAGCGAACCGGCCUGUCCGCCGUCUUUGCUGUCCUGGAAGCCGGACGUGCCGGACGUGCUGGUGUACCUCGCCGGACGCGGUCCCCUGCACGCCUGGACCGUGCCUGGAGGCGAGAGCCGUAAAGAGAUCGGAAGGGACGCCGUGCCACAGUUCGCCAGCGCAGUCACCCAGAUGACGUGGCACCCGCACGUGGCGGGCAAGGUGGCCUAUGGGCAUCAGGAUGGCUCCAUCUCGGUUCUUCAAUACGGCGGUUCACAGCAGAAGCACAUCCGCCUGCUGAACGACAAUCCACCGGACGAUGACGAAGCAGAUCCCCGGAUUGUCGUGGCUCUGCGUUGGGACACCCUGUCCACCAGCUACCUCCUGGCGGCCCUCCCCAGCGGACAUCUAUUCCUCCUGGACACCUCGGCGGACGCAGUCCAGGUGGUCACGUCCUACUCCUGCCCCAGCCGUGCCACAACCAUCAGGAUGGUGUCUUGGGUGCCUGGAGCUGCUGGCAUGUUCGUCACGGGAGACGCCGGAUCGGGAACCUUACGAGUGUGGAACGUGUCUCGGGACGCACCUCUGGAGAACAUCCAGGUGCACGGCAGCGGCUUCCACACGCUCUGCGCGUGCCCCGGCUUCGCUGUGCACGGCCGAGAUGACGGCUCCGGGGCACAGGGCGACACGACAACGCGGCUGCCACACCAUGUGCGAGUCAUCUGUCUGUUCCGGGACGGAGGCAUUGGGCUGUACAACGUCCGCAAGAGGUCUUGGGAUUUCCUUCGGGACACGGCUCACACGGAGACAAUCUUCGACUGCCAGUUUAAGCCCGACGACUGUAACCUUCUGGCCACAGGCAGCUACGAUGGGACUCUCAAGAUAUGGAACAUCGAGACUAUGACCCCGGUGCUGUCUUCGCCUCCUUGUCGGAGCACCAUCUACUGCGUGUCGUGGGCUCCGGCGGGACAGGACUGCUUGGCCCUGGGAACGUCGAGGGACGGCGUGCUCAUCUGGGAUUCCGCCAAGAACGUGGCCAGGGCAACAUUUCUCGACCAUGGAAAGCACACUGCAAUCUACUGCGUCGCCUGGAACCAGACAGACUCGAAGAAAGUUGCUUCGGCUGGAGCCGACGGAACUUGCAUGAUCCACCAGGUGGACGGAACACUUGUGCAGACGUUCCAUCAUCCGGGCAUUGUCUUCGGAUGCGACUGGAACCCAAGCAACGAAAACAUCGUAGCGACGGCGUGCGAAGACAGUCUGGUGCGCAUCUUCUACUUGAGCAUGAACGGAGGCGUUCCCCUCAAGACCCUGGCGGGACACACUUCCAAAGUGUUUCGCGUCAAGUGGUCCCCUCUCAGGGACGGCGUCCUCUGCAGCACCUCGGACGACCGUACCAUCCAAGUGUGGAACUACACGUGCGAGUCCGCGGUGCGGAUCCUGCGCGGGCACGGCGACUUCACGCGCAGCGUGGUCUGGAGCCCUGAGCUGAGCCACCUGCUCCUGUCCGGGAGCUGGGACGCCACCAUCCGCCUGUGGGACACACGCGACGGCUCCUGCCUCUGCCUCCUCUGGGACCACGGCGCCGACAUCUACGGUCUGGCAUGCCAUCCUCGAAGACCCUUCGUCGUGGCUUCUUCGUCGAGAGACUCGACCGUUCGCAUCUGGUCCAUGCUACCCAUGGCGUCCACCCUGUUCCUCAAGGUGCUCGCGGGCUGGGACGUGGACAGCAUCGUCGCUGCUCAAGGUGAGCUACCGUCUGGAAGGGGCAAAGAAAUGCUCUGCGGAUCGGUGGCCAGAAACCUCAAGCACACGCACAAGUCGACCAGGGAUGACGCCGCACUUCGGGCGUGGACGACUUUCUUUUGCGGUACUCGAGGAGUGAACCAUCUUUGGGAUCUACUGGCCGUCGCAGAAGCGCCAAACACGGCGGUCGUGUCAGACGCUUACAGGCACUCAGCGUUGCUCCACCGGUCUCACUUGGCCAAAUUCAGAGCGUCCAGGGCCCACGAGCUGGAACUAGUGAAGGCCUCUCGCUUCGGGAGCGGCGGCGGAGGCAUCGGAGGGCCCAGCCGCGACGCCUCACUUCAGCAGGCGGCCCAACUCUACCUCUCCGUCGGAAACCUGCAGAAGUACUGCGAGGUUCUGACAGAGCUGGGCUCGUGGAAUGAAGCUCUGUCCUUGGCUCCCGGUGUCUCCUACCAGUAUUGGCGCCAAUUAACCAAACGACGUGCAGACGCCCUGGUCCAGCAAGACCACAUUGAAGCCGUGGGCCUCCACUUAGCGCUGGGCGACAUUUCGGCGAUAACCGAGUUUCUAUGCAAUCGAGGUCAAGCCCAGGACGCCUAUGUUAUGGCGCUGGCCGGACGAUCGGCUGCGCCAGCAUCUUCAGCCGGAUCCAGGGCCCCGGGAGCCACAGACGACGAAGGAAGAUGCGUGCUCAGGCUCGUUCGAGACUGCGCUCAAAACCUGUCGGACAAGUACCUGGAAGAGGGUGCCCCCGUCCUGGCUGCCUGUUGUCACUUGGCCAACGACGACAUUGAGUCCGCAGUCCGGACCCUCGUCCAAGGCAACGAACUGGAGCUGGCCCUGAGCGUGGCGCUACGCGGAGGAGGCCCCGCCGUCAACGCCCAACACGUGGCCACCUGGCUUGCGUGGAGGUGCUGUGCCGUCGGAAAUUGGGAGUUGGCCAUGGACGUGCUGGCCCUCUGCGACGAUGCCCACUCGGCCAGGGUCGAGAUCCUCGCCGGCUGCGGUUGCUCAUUGGCCGAGAGGAACGCGCUCCACGAAAAGGCCGGCCUGCCUCCCGUUGAAGAGUGCAUCUCUCUAGCCACGAUGCACGAAGAAAACGGAGACGCGCACAAGGCCCUGCAGUACUACCUCCUCUCUGAACAACCGUCCAGGGCCCUCGCUCUCGGCAUGGACAUCGUCAGAGAACGGACGUCCCAGGAGGGCUGGACGCUAGAGUCCGUCUGGGAACCCCUGCGCUGGACGCAGGCCAUUCAACCUAGGGUACUGCUGCAAGAAGGGCACCAACUGUUGCAUAAGGAGCUUCAAUUCUUCUCGGCGUACAUCGGGGCGCUUAAAGCGGUUCAAGAUGGCUACUGGCCCGUGGUGGCCCCUCUGCUUAGGCACGCUAGAGGACUCCUGAAGCAAGAUGGUGCAGUCGAAGCGGUGCUGCACAGGGAAGAACUACUUGAGGACAUCGGUAGUUUCGUCCAUUCUGACGUCAACAACACUAAAAACGGUCCGGUGCUUUCAGAGCGCCUUUCAAUGAGACUGGGUGGCCAGGUGACAAGGCGAGGUGUCUUCGGCCAGGUCUGGGUGGCCGGCUGUAACCUUCCGAGGCACUCGGAUCAGCGCCGCUCCUUCUUCACUGGACAGGCCAUCCAGGGCCCCGUGUACGACCUAGAAGACGGAGAGACGACGUUGUCCCUCAGCGAAGCCAUCAUGUGGGCCAGGGUCAAUCUGUUAGCCCCGGGCGGUUGCCGGAACCGGAUCGUUCCCUUCUGAGGG